CAUAAGCUCUCAAAAGUGAAACUUUCCCUCAGCAACUAUGGAAACUACCCCAGUGGACUGAGAUGCACUUCACAGGCUCCUCCCUAUCUCCUUGCUUUGACUUUCCUGCCUCCUGCAAGCUGUCAUCCUCUGUUGGUAUUUGCAUGUUGGCGUAGCACUUACAAGGGAAGAAAACUCCACUUUAUCUCUCAGAAGGGAUACGGGGUGUUAUGGGAUCUGAGCACUCAAAGAACGAGGGGCGAAGCAGCAUGGUUUUUCUGAGGAAAGGUCCAAAGUUGCCUGCUUGGGAAGAUGCUCUUCUCUCAGGAAAAGAGCCCAAGUCACUGCUGAAACGGGGAUUGCGUUAUGUCAGUUUGAGCCUCAUAAUGAAAGGGAUGACCAGCACGCCUGACUUCUUGUGGGGACUGUCCGAAGUGCAGAAGCUGAACCUUUCACGCAACCAGCUGGUGGUGAUUCCUCCUUCACUGGGGAAACUGGACAGGCUGGUAGUGCUAAACUUGGGUGGCAACUGCCUCAAGUGUUUGCCUAAAGAGAUUGGGCUGCUGAGGAACCUGAAGGUCUUGUUUGUCAAUAUGAACUGCCUGACAGAAGUGCCAGCAGAGCUCAGCUUGUGCAGGAAGCUGGAGGUUUUGAGCCUCUCUCACAACAGCAUCUCGCAACUGCCUUUUAGCUUCACUGACUUGACAAGUUUGAGGAAACUGAACCUCAGUAACAACUGCUUUGUGCAAAUUCCUCUCUGUGUUUUUGCACUGAGGAGCUUAGACUUCUUGCACCUAGGGUCCAAUAAGCUUGAAAACAUCGCAGAGAGUGUCCAGUAUCUGGCCAAUCUGCAAAUCUUUAUAAUAGAGAAUAACAAUAUACGCACCCUGCCACGGUCCCUCUGCUUCAUCACGACUCUGGAGUUAUUAAACGUCGAUUAUAAUGCCAUACAGACUCUCCCAGAUGACCUUUACCUGUUGCGCCGACUGCCACGCAUUGCAUGGAACCCGAUGGACAAAGGUCUCCACAUUGCCCACAACCCCUUGUCCCGGCCCCUGCCGGAGGUCAUUGAGGGGGGGCUGGAUGUCCUCUUCAACUACCUCAGGGAGAAAAAGGAGCACAACUGAGUUUCCACUGAGCUUGGGAUUGAGCAAGUCGUCAAGACUCAGUCAUACCAGAGCACUUUCCUGCACAGGCAUUUCCACUUCAUAAUACUUGGAUUUCAAAGAGUGUGGAUGGCUUUAGUAACGGUUGGAGGAAUGCAAGUAACUUAUGAUGGUCUUAAUUAAGUGCAUGAAGAGUAAACUUUCUAAAAAUAUCCACCUCUGUAACCUUCAGUGUUGGUGUGUUUGGGUAUUUUUAGGGUAAAAAACCAACAAACCUGUGAUAAAAUGUUUGCUCUUCAUUUGACAGAAACAAAAUAAGGCAGACUGCUAGAGGUGUAGAAAUGUGUAUUUGUCAGCUAUUAGGCUGGAGGAAUAUUAAUAUAAAUUGGAUUUACUAUAUGUGAUUGCAGUUGCACUUUAACUCCUGCUCACUUCUUCCUACGCAGAUAGAGCACUACAUAAACAAACACUGCUACCUAAGUGAAUCUCAAGGAAAACGUUUAAUAUAUUUUCAGCAGUGAGUAUAUGUUGAGCUAUAUUAGCCCACAGACAGUAUAUUACUGGCCAGUUCAAUACCAUUUGUUGUUUACCCCACAGCUGUGUGCUGGCCUUUAUAAAUUACAGGUGAAGAUCGCCAUCAAUGAGGCAAUUUCCUAGUUCUUUGGAAGAAGAAUCCAGACUUCCCCAAAGCUCUUAGUCCCCCUCCUGAGAUAUGCAGCCUUUCCUGCAGAGCCUCCUAGGAUGCCUCCAGUGGUGUGUCACAGCAGCAGGGAGCAGCAUAUACACGAAGCAGAGAAACAACGGACGUUCCUUAUUCCCUCAAACAAAGGCUGUCAGAUGAAGUUGCUCAUUACUAGAUGAACAAUUGCACUCCAUUCCCUUUCCUACAUCCGUGCAAUCAGAGCUGUGGAGUAGCUUUACUCAGGAGUCUGUACGUAUCCUAAAGGUGAUGUAUUUCUUUCAGGAAAAACAGCAUCAAAACAAUCAUCGCCUUAAGUAAGAGCUUCAAAAACAAAUACUUAUUUCCCUGUUUUUCAGUAUCAGGCAGUAGCAUAAAAGUCAUGUCUUCUGUGGUUUCUCAUAUUGAUCUUCUGUGAAUGUCCUUCAUCAAAGUUUUAUCUGGUAGUAAAAAGGCAGCAUAAAAGAGCUGUUAACAAUUUAUGCAACUUGGUUUUUUUUCCUCGCACCAAUGUAAAACAGAAGCAACUCUGUUGAAAUCACUUGAUAUAAAUGUUUGUAAUGACAGUGUAAGAGAGGAAUGAGCCUGUAAUUCUUGAGCUAAUUAAGACUAUUCAAAGCCACUUUAAAAGUGCUUUCUAUCGUAUGUCAAAUCUCAGGAAUCAAUGAUUACUUUCUAAAACACAAAUUGCUCAAAAUUACAGAAGGCUGUAGAAGGUUGAUCCUGCUUCUAGUGAAAUUAAUGGGAAGCCCCUGGUUGAGGGAAAAACUCUUUAGCAGAGGUAGCAGCAGUCUGAUAACAGCAGACAAUUAUGUAAUUGGUAGGUACAUGCGAACAAGUGCUGCACCUUUGGCCAUGCCAACAUUAUCAGCACAGUACCGAAUGUAGCAAUGAAGAAUCAGUGCUCAGAGAGUAUUCCACUUUGGGACUAUCUACCUUGAUACUUUACUAUGUUGGAUUGUUUUGUGUACCGUUUGUUAUCUUAAUAGAGAAUUUCAGUGUUCAGGAACCACAGUUUCUGAGUGUGCAGUCAAGGACAAAUCUUAUGUUUCUAGCAAAUGGGAAACCUUUUUGAAGGGCACUUUCUCUUGAGAUCUAAGCAAAC